GGAGGCGGCGGGCGCGGCGGCCGCUCCGGCACCACCACCUGUGGCGGCGGGAUGGCGGAGCUCGACAUCAGCGCCGAGGCGGUGAUGGGCUUCCUGAGGGAGCGCGGCGGGCGGGUGCGCAACACCGAGCUGGUGAGCGCCUUCCGGCCGCUGCUGGAGGCCGGCGGGGCCCGUGCCGGUGCCGAUGCCGGCGACGCGGAGGGGCGGGCGGCGCGGCGGGAGCGGUUCAAGGCGGCGGUGAACGCCGUGGCCACGGUGAAGGAGAUCGACGGCGUCAAGUUCGUGGUGCUGAAGAAGCGGCUGCGCGCUGCCCCGCAGGCGGCGGACGAUGCCGGGGCCCCUCCGGACCCCGCCGGGACGCCCCCCGAGGAGCCGCCGGGGCCGCGGGCCGUGGCCGAGCUGCGGGGCCUGUUCCAGGGCGGCGGCGGCGGGGUGCCCCUGCCCGGCGGCGCGGGGGGGGCCCGGCGGGAGCCGCCGCCCAAGCCCUGCAUGCUGCCCGUGCGCUACGUGCAGCCCCCCGCCGCCCCGGGGCCGCCCCAGGAGGCGGCCAGCCCGCUGUCCCCACCGUCGCUGGACGAGGAGGCCGGGCACCGCUCGCCCGGGCUGCGGAGGGGGCCCAAGAACCACCGGGCCAGCGAGGAGACGGUGGUGCCCCUGGAGCAGGCGGAGCACCAGUGGCUGGUGCUGGCGGCCGACGGGCAGUGGACGCAGCAGCUCCACGGGCUGCUGCUGGGCGACGCCAGCCUGGCGGCUCGCAGGGACUUCAUCUCCGGCUUCACCGCCCUGCACUGGGCCGCCAAGAGCGGCAACUGCGACAUGGUGACCAACAUCAUCCGAGCGGCCGAGAAGGGCGGGUCCCGCGUCAACGUGGAUGCCAGGUCGCACGGUGGCUACACGGCGCUGCACCUGGCUGCUAUACACGGCCAGGAGAAGAUCAUCAACAUGCUCGUCUACAGCUACCAUGCCAAGAUUGACCUGAGGGACUACAGUGGGAAGAAGCCGCACCAGUACUUAAAGGAAGGGACGUCCCUUGCAAUCAGGCGCUUGCUGGGGGAUCCCAGCCUUUCCCAAAACACGGAGCACUCUAUGCCCAUCAAGAAGUCUACAAAGCUCGCGGCUUCAAUCUUGAGCUCCACCAGCACAUUCCUGGGAGUCAUAUCCGAUGACAUGGCUUUCUAUGAUCUCACCAAAGGUUUAAGGAAGCCCUCGACCUUAAACAAGCUUCUGACUGCUACUACGGGCCCGAGGAGGAAGCCAAAGAUCAGAGGGGGCUUCCCUUCGUAUUCCUCACUCUCUGAGGUAACGGAGGAGGAAGAAGAGGUUGUUGUGAAACGCAGACCCGUUUCUGAGCUAUUCUUUGGCCACUAGCCUCUGCCUCACUGUGAUCAAAAUGGUUUAAUAGCAUGGCUGGUGUCUUACCUUUCUCUUGCAGAAGCAGUUUGGACUUUUUCUCUCCGUGUCUGUCUUUUUGGACGUUUAACUGAAUGAGUAAUAGGGUCUACAUCCAAAGGCCAAAGCAUGAAACCCAGCCCCAGGUGCCUGUGGAAAGGGAGCUGCCAAGAAGUGCUUUCCAUGCUGUAUGUACCAUCGUGCUGAUUUGGUGGAGACCACAAACUUUAUACUUAAUGUCUGAAAAACUAAAACAGCAUAUGUGUGUUUGGACAGAUCAGAAUGCCUUCUUGAUCUUUGUUCUUCAGCUGGAGAGCAGAAGCAAGGCGAAGGAUUGCAUAUUUUACACUGUGAACAGCAAGCUGGUAGCUGGCUACUAUAUAACAAGGCUUGUUAUCUAACAGGAUUAAAUUAUCAGAGGAAAGAUGCAUAGUUUUCUAUGAUGUUUCUGAUUAUUUUGGUAGCAGAAGAGGGAUGUUUAUAUUUACAAAGAUUGUAUACUUUUUCAAAACAAAGUUUCUCACUUGGAGACUUUCUCACUCACCAUUCCACAUCAGAAAUACUAACAUAAUACUGAUGCGUUUUAUUAGAUGAAUUACUUAAAAAGAAAGACCCUGACUGUCAGCACUCAAAUCACCAUGACUUGUCUACCUCAGUUUGAAGGCUUGGCUAGUGGUUUAAGUUUUUCUCUCUUUCUGGAAAACUUCUUGACCAGGUGGUACUUACCACGUGUCUCGAUGAUACUGUGAACAUUUAAACUUGACUGUAGCCCAAUCAACUUAAGCUGAAUAAAAAAACCUUUUCAGUUCAGUGAAAAACUGAACUGAAAAACUGGGAAUUGGAUCUGGCAGAGUUCCUGAGUAGCCAGACGGAAACAAAGUUAGGCUUGUAUGUCUGGUUCCUUUUGUUUAAAACUUGGCCCAUUUUGACCUAUUUACAAUAAAUAUUUAUGAGCAUUGGGCUUUAUGUAAUGUUAGGUGUUUCAGGGUAGAACCUCUGCAUGACCUCUUGAAGCAGUGUUUAUCUCAAGAGCAUGAAUCAUUGACCUAAAACAAACUCUUCUUCUUCUUUUAUAUGAUAAACAUAAUUGUUCUAUAUAUAGAACUACACUUAGCUCAAAAAGCAUGCUAAUUGCAUGUUAGGUUUGCAGUAAGAUUAUUAUUUUUUUAAUUACUGCUUGGUUAAAGUUAAUGGAAAGAGGCAGAGCUAUGAACAGAAGCUGUCCAACUUCUGGGGCAAGUCUGGUAAACCAGCAAGUUUUCUCUAAAACUGUGACUAGAAAACUAUCAUUGAGAGGUGCUGAAGGGGAGAGCAAUGCUGCACUGGCUCUGUUUGUGUUUCUGCAUUGAAACACUUGUUUAUAUGCUUUGCCUUUCCUUCCAAGUCAGUGACUUCAGGAAUGUUUUGGUUUUUUCUGCCUUGCAUUAAACCUAGUACUUGUAAUUGGUUCUAAUUGGCUUGUCCCAAACACUCACAAGGAAUGCUGUAGGACUGAAGAUGGAGGCACUGCCCUCUUUACUUCAAAACACUCUCUCUGAAGUUCCUGGAGUUGAUGACAUUCGUUGGGAGUGUGAUCAGAGGUUGCAGCCAGGUCUGAUGCACCUGUUCUAGGAAGAGACUGGAUUAUUCUGCUUCUGGAUUGAACUAAUUAAGUUGUUAAGCAAAGGUUAAUGAUCAAGCACCUCAUGACUUCUAUAUCUGGAGUAGGGUUUAAAAAAAAAUAAAAUCCAAUUUGCUCUCUAGCUGUUGGUGUGACCAUUGACCAGUGUGGUCCUUUGAAGCCUAGAUUUGUGCUGCACCUUGUCAGCUUGCAAAGUUCUGGGAAAAACAGGGCUCUGUUUUAAACUGUAUUUCCAAGUGUACGGACAUAGAAUUUAUUUUUGUUUUUUCUCUGUCCCCUAAAACCACAGAAGUGCGUGUGUGCAUUAAUGUUACCUCUGAGGCACUGACACUGCCUGGUGAAAACGUUCUGUUUCUGUGGGAAUUGCAAACACUCCAGUUUGGCUUGGCCUUAUUGAGAAGUUUGUUCAAUAAUUAUGGAUAUAGACUUGAUACCUGUUCAAACAACAUUGCUGAACUUUAGUGCUCAUUCAGAGUCAAGCCUACAUGAGCCUGAGGCAGGGUUCAAGGAUGGAGUGUUUUGUGUUUAAAAACCCUACCUGACUAAUCUGGAGAGUGUGGUUGUGAUUUCACCCCCGGGAAAGUAGGGAGAAGGUUUCAUUGCUUCUCUAUUGUUCUGUCAAAGAAGUCACAGCUGAGAUAAGACUUCAUUGCAACACAUACCAAGAAAAUUCUGCACUGUUUCCUCAGAGGCAUGGAAGAGAUUAGCUGGUGUGAUAGAAAAAUGCCCAGCAGCAAGAGCCCUCUUCCAGCAUUCCCCAGGGAGUGCUGGAGGCUUGGCAGGAGGGUGGUCACAAAGGUGGGCAGCUCACAAGGUGCCGUGGGUGGGGCCAGGCUCUGCCCGCAGGUUUGUGCAGUGACUCAGCUCAUUCCUCCUCCAUGCUGAGCCGAUGAAGGAAAUGAUAGUAUUUAGGCAGGCUGGGAUGAGUACAUGAAGUGCAGUACAACUUCAGGUGCAGACAAACACUGAGAGGUAUUGAGAAUACACUGCUGUAAUCUUACAGGUAUAUAUAGUGCCUUUAGUUUAAAGUAAAACCAGUCCUUCAGCCUGGCUGGGUUUUGGGUUCCAAUGUCACCCUUUAGACUGUGGGAAGGGGCACUGUAGGAUGAUGGGUGAUCAUGAGAGUGUUUUCCUGCAAGAGUCUAAAGCAGGACUGUUUUAUGAAUCCCUCAGCUUGACUGAGUCUCCCUAAUUCUCAUUUUCAAGCCAAAAUCUGGCUGAGUGCAGUAGGAUUUUCACCUGAACGGAUGGCAGCUGUGAAGUUGAGCCAGGCUGUUCUCACAGGAACAGCUGAGAGGAGGGCUGGGUUCCCUCAGCACACUGGCCCGGGGCAGGGCUGUGCCAUGGGCUGGGCAUCAGCCUUUGAAUCCCUGGCCCAGCACAGAGCUGGGAGCUGCCCAAGGCACGAGCAAAGCUAAUAGCAGGAAAGGUAAAAACCAAAAAACAUGAGCCCCACCCCCUGCUUUGCUCCUGCCCCCUGGAGAGGUCUUAGUGGUGGGGAAAGCUGGUGAUGGAAGGCACGGAUCAGGCACAGGAGCCGGACUCAGCAGCUUGGUGGUAUUUUGCCUUGGUUACUAGCCUGCCCUCUCAGCAUGUCUCAGUCUUCCUGCUAUAAAAUGUAGAUAAUCACCUUGGUCACUUCUUUAAAGCACACAGUCAGUACUGAUAGGCAAAUUGAAAUCAAGAUAAUGUUUUUAGACCUGUAGGCAGCAUGAGCAGUGUCAUUCUCCCACCCUGUGAAGGCGCAUUCAGUGGAGCGCCUACACAAACAAAAACGAGCUCAGAUUUUAGUUCAGCAGCACUAGGGAUCAGGAAAGCUUCUGUUUGCCUGACCCUGGCUCAGUCUGCCUGGUAAAAGAUAACUUGGUUUGUCUGUUCCUUGGCACAUUUUGUUCUGAGAGUAUCAGCUAGAAAACCUGCUCUGAAGAGCUCUGCAAACAAACCUUAAACCAUGAUUCUGCACAAAGAGACAGACUUUGUCCUCCAGGAUGUGGCUGUUUGAGCAGUGUGAGGCAGUGUGGUUGUGGUCAGGUUCACAGAGCUUUUUGGCUCUUUCCAUUCCCUUGUGAGUGCUGCACAGAAACGUGGACUAUGAAAACCCAGGAAAUGCCACUCCUGUACUGCAGAGGAGUCUUAAUGAGAUUUCAGCUUCAUCACAAACCCACAGUCCAGUGGAAGAGUCACAGUAACUCCAGAAGACCAAUGGGAGCUGCAACCACCAGCUGGAGGUAGAGGAAGCAUUUCUAGACAGUCCCCUAAUUCCCUAUUGCUCAUCUCUUGCUCCCUCUCUUCAUGUUUCCACUAUGACCUACAUUCCUUGGAUGUAUUUGCCUCCUGAUUUGCA